UUUGUGACUGCCAGGCACGGUGUGGGGAUGCAGCAGGGAGCAAGGUAGCACUUGUCCCUUGGAGCCCUGGAGGGUCAGUUCCUGGACCCUGGAUGUUCGAGUCUCACACAGGAUGGGAUGCAGGUUUUCCACACAGGCUGCGCAGCCCUCCUGCAUGCUCAGCCUGCGCUGGUGGUGGCCGGUGCUCUGGAAAUGCUGUGUGGAUGGCGGCUGUCCCUACUGCUAGGGCAUAAUGAGAAAGAAGCCUGACGUGUGCAGUGCGCAGCUUUCCUCUGGUGUUUCGCUGGGUGGUUGGCUGACCUGCGGCUACAGAAGUACAGACGCUGAGGGUCACCUGUGCGUACGUCCCAGGCGCCAGGUGGGGACAGCGUACAGUGGCAGACAAGCCUUCCCGAUGGCAGGUGGUGCAGUGGGAUUCAGCAGGGCAUGCAGCAGCGUGGGCGGGUGCUCUGGCGGGCGGCUGGGGAGACCCCAGGAGGGGUGCUGGGGCCCUGGCUCUCAGGUAGAGGACAGAAGCCGCAUGCAGGGCUGGGGCGAACCAGGGUGCCUUGGAGCCAUGCUGGUGGUUGGUGCUGGGGCUGGACCCCUCCAAGCACUGCUGCAGCGCGUGGACCCGAGGGCCUGCUUCUGUGUCACAGCCUGGAGCUGGCAUCUGGCCAGAAGCUUCCAGCCAGGGCCCUGAGGCUUCAGGGUGCUGCCCAAGACAUAUGGCUCCCGGGGAAGAAGGUCACAUUUCCCCAGGUCCACAUUCCUCCUCUGUGCUGAGCUCUGUGGAUGGCAAGUGCUGCUGCCCAACCCACCCGGGGGCUGCAGGCUUCGGGAGCCACAGUGCAUGUUGUGUGAGGAGCCAGAGCCCUCACCGCCCUGAUAGCGUGGACUCCUGCAUCACCACUGCCCUCUGCACACCUGCGGGCACCCCUGUGGGUCACAGUCAGGCCGGCAGCCCUGGCGGCGCUGGGGCUCUUGGUAGCCAGUGGGCUCCAUCUGGCCCGGUCUCCGGAUCGCAUCCUCAGCUUUGGCCUUGAGCCUCGGGGCUCCGUGGCAGGUUUUCCUGCGACAGUUCAGGAUGGCCCAUCCCAGCGUAGGGCCUCGGGGCUGUGUGUGUGCCUCAGCCUGCUGGCAUCGAAGCCAUGUGGGUGGCACCAGGGGACCUGAAGGCUGUGCCUGGCCCCCUUUCUCACCGAGCUCUGAACACACCCCAUCUGGGAUCAGCGUCCAGUUUGUGGCCCGAUCCUCAUGAGCGGCUGGAGAGUCUGGGCUCCUCUCAGGACAGAGCUCUGUCCCUCACACCUGCCCCUGGGGUCCAGGGCUGGGGGUGGGGUGGGGGCCUGAUUCGAGUCCUACACGCCGCCAGGAGCCGAGCACCACGUGCGGCCACUCACCCCUCUGCUGCUGCCUCCAGGAAUUCACAGGGAGAGCACUGGAGCACUGAGGGCUCCUUGGCCAUCAGCAUCAGCAAAGCCAUCAACAGCCAGGAGGCCCCCGUGAAGGAGAAGCAUGCCCGGCGCAUCAUCCUGGGCACGCACCAUGAGAAGGGGGCCUUCACCUUCUGGUCCUACGCCAUUGGCCUGCCGCUGCCCAGCAGCUCCAUCCUCAGCUGGAAGUUCUGCCACGUGCUGCACAAGGUCCUGCGGGACGGCCAUGCCAAUGUGCUGCACGACUGCCAGCGCUACCGGAGCAACAUCCGGGAGAUAGGGGACCUGUGGGGCCACUUGCAUGACCGCUACGGGCAGCUGGUGAAUGUCUACACCAAACUCCUGCUCACCAAAAUCUCCUUCCACCUCAAGCACCCCCAGUUUCCUGCGGGCCUGGAGGUGACAGAUGAGGUGCUGGAGAAGGCGGCCGGGACCGACGUCAACAAUAUCUUCCAGCUCACCGUGGAGAUGUUCGACUACAUGGACUGCGAGCUGAAGCUGUCGGAAUCGGUCUUCCGGCAGCUGAACACGGCCAUUGCUGUGUCCCAGAUGUCCUCAGGCCAGUGCCGCCUGGCCCCGCUCAUCCAGGUCAUCCAGGACUGCAGCCACCUCUACCACUACACGGUCAAGCUGCUGUUCAAGCUGCACUCCUGUCUCCCAGCGGACACCCUGCAGGGCCACCGGGACCGGUUCCACGAGCAGUUCCACAGCCUCCGGAACUUCUUCCGCAGAGCCUCGGACAUGAUCUACUUCAAGCGGCUCAUCCAGAUUCCCCGGCUGCCUGAGAGUCCCCCCAACUUUCUGCGGGCCUCAGCCCUGGCUGAGCACAUCAAGCCCGUGGUGGUGAUCCCCGAGGAGGCCCCGGAGGAUGAGGAGCCCGAGAACCUCAUCGAGAUCAGCACUGGGCCUCCUGCCGGGGAGCCUGUGGUGGUAGCCGACCUCUUGGAUCAGACCUUUGGACCCCCCAACGGCUCCAUGAAGGCUGACAGGGACCUCCAGGUGGAGAGUCUGAAGAGGGAGGUGGAGCUGCUCCGCGCUGAGCUGGAGAAGACCAAGCUGGAGGCCCGGCGGUACGUGGCGCAGCUGAAGGGCCAGGUGAAUGCCCUGGAGGCUGAGCUGGAAGAGCAGCGCACGCAGAAGCAGAAGGCGCUGGUGGACAACGAGCAGCUCCGGCACGAGCUGACCCAGCUGCGGGCCGUGCAGCAGGAGGGCGUGCGGAGCCAGGGCCUGCUGCGGGAGGCCGAGAGGAAGGCGAGCGCCACCGAGGCGCGCUACAGCAGGCUGAAGGAGAAGCAUGGCGAGCUGGUCAGCACGCACGCCACGCUCCUCAGGAAGAACGCAGACACUGCCAAGCAGCUGACGGUGACGCAGCAGAGCCAGGAGGAGGUGGCGCGGGUGAAGGAGCAACUGGCCUUCCAGAUGGAGCAGGUGAAGCGGGAGUCCGAGAUGAAGCUGGAGGAGCAGAGUGACCAGCUGGAGAGGCUCAAGAGGGAGCUGGAGGCCAAGGCUGGCGAACUGGCACACAUGCAGGAGGCCCUGAGCCGCGCAGAGCAGAGUGGGUCGGAGCUGAGCUCAAGGCUGGAUGCGCUGAGUGCUGAGAAGGAUGUGCUGAGCAUCACCAUGAGGCAGCAAGAAGCCGAGCUGCUGGCUGCCCAGGACCUGGCUCGGGAGAAGGAGGUGGUGCUGAGCCAGGAACAGCAGCGCAGCUCCCGGGAGAGGACCGAGCUGCAGGGGCAGCUGGCAGAGAAGGAGUCCCAGGAGCAGGGGCUGCAGCAGAGGCUGCUGGAUGAGCAGUUCGCAAUGGUGCGGGGCACUGCCACCGAGGCCAGGGCCAUCCUGCAGGAUGCCGUGAGCUUGCUGGAUGACCCCCUUCACCUGCGCUGCACCAGCUCCCCAGCCUAUCUGGUGAGCCGGGCUCAGGUGGCCCUGGACUCCGUGAGUGCCCUGGAGAAGGGGCACGCGCAGUACCUGGCCUCCCCGGAGGAUGCCUCUGCCCUGGUGGCGGCCCUGACCCGGUUUUCCCACCUGGCUGCGGACGCCAUCAUUAAUGGAGGCGCCACCUCCCACCUGGCUCCCACUGACCCUGCGGACCGCCUGAUGGAUGCCUGCAGGGAGUGCGGGGCUCGGGCGCUGGAGCUCACAGGGCAGCUGCAGGAGUGGCAGGUGCUGCCACAGGCACAGCCAGGCCUGUUGCGGUUCCCUCUGCAGGGCAUCCUCCAGCUGGGCCAGGAGCUGAAGCCCAAGAGCCUGGAUGUACGGCAGGAGGAACUGGGGGCCAUGGUGGAUAAGGAGAUGGCAGCUACAUCCGCAGCCAUUGAGGAUGCUGUGCGGAGGAUUGAGGACAUGAUGAACCAGGCCCGCCACGCGAGCUCGGGGCUGAAGCUGGAGGUGAAUGAGAGGAUCCUCAACUCCUGCACCGAACUGAUGAAGGCCAUCCGGCUCCUGGUAACGACCUCCACCAGCCUGCAGAAGGAAAUUGUGGACAGCGGCAGGGGGGCAGCCACACAGCAGGAAUUCUACGCCAAGAACUCACGGUGGACAGAAGGCCUCAUCUCGGCCUCCAAGGCCGUGGGCUGGGGAGCGUCGCAGCUGGUGGAGUCAGCGGACAGGGUGGUGCUGCACACCGGCAAGUAUGAGGAGCUCAUCGUCUGCUGCCACGAGAUUGCAGGCAGCACUGCGCAGCUGGUGGCCGCCUCCAAGGUGAAGGCUGACAAGCACAGCCCGUGCCUCAGCCGCCUGCAGGAGUGUUCCCGUGCUGUCAACGAGAGGGCCGCCGGCGUGGUGGCCUCCACCAAAUCAGGCCAGGAGCAGAUCGAAGACCGAGACACCAUGGACUUCUCUGGCCUGUCCCUCAUCAAGCUGAAGAAGCAGGAGAUGGAGACGCAGGUGCGGGUGCUGGAACUGGAGAAGACGCUGGAGGCGGAGCGUGUGCGGCUCGGGGAGCUGCGGAAGCAGCACUAUGUGCUGGCCGGGGGUGUGGGGACCCCUGAAGAGGAGCCCAGCCGGCCCACCAUGGCCCCUCGAGGGGCCACCAAGAAGCCACCCCUGGCGCAGAAGCCCAUCGUGGCACCCAGACAGGACCCACAGCUGGAUGGCAAGGAUGGCACCGGCCCCACUCAGCUCGUGAGCUCCUAGGCCCCAGGGGUCUGGCAGGGCAGCCCUGAGAGGGCCUCACCGCCUGGUCAGGGUCCCCAAGGCCUGUGUGGGCGUGUGGACAGUGCGGAUGGGGUGCUCACCAGCAGUAGGACCUACCAGGAGCAGCCAGGACCCGGCAGGCCUGAGCGCAGCUCUGCGGGAACUCGGGGCAGUUCUGGUACCCAGCUUCGAUCUUCAUUCCUGAGUUUACAGUCAGCACACUGGAGACAGGGCCAGCCCAGGGGGCUCCCCUGUGACCCCCACUGUCUCUCAAGCUGUAGAUCAUAGAAGAUGGGGCCCCUGCUGGUGACUGGGGACAAGGGUACAGCCAGCAACCCAUGUGGCCUGGUGUCUUCCAGGGGUACCAAUCCCUUGAGGCCUUGAGGUGGGUGGGUUGCACCCCUCUCCCCACAGACCUGGUGCUAGGGCGCCCAUGGUGGGGGCCCCCAGCAGGUGGCUGGCGCUAUCUGGGUCCCAGGUGGUGAGGGCCUGAGCUGCUGGUAGCAGUGCCAUGGGCAGCAGUGGCCCAGAUGCUGCCUUCACCCCUGGAGUUUCCACUCCCAGCUGGACUGUGGCCACUCCCUACUUCCUGUUUUCCCUUUGGAUCUGGCUGCUUCCCUAUCACCCCCAAGGGGUGGCCUGAUCAGGAAAAGCCCAGAACCCCUGGCCCACUUUCUGGAGAUGAGGAAGUGGCUGCCAGCAGGGAGGGGCACCUGGACUAUAGCCCAGACUUGCCACCCCUGCCAGGUUUGAAUCAGUUUUGCUCCCUGAGCCGAGCCCAAGCCAAGUGUGGCUGGAGGGUGGGGACCAGACUGGGUGCGCACAGCCAGCGGCUGGACCAGACAAGGGUCCAUCCUCCCCAUCCCCUCUGUGCCCUGGUGGGGGUGAGGGAGCCCACUCCUGUGCCCUGGUUAUUAGCAUCCCCUUGGGUUGAAGUUACACUGGCAAUAAAACACACUGACUGUUGUCACUA